AUGGCGAUGGGACAGGAGUGGGUGAGCGUGACUGGCGAGGAGAAGCAUCUCUCUAGCUGGGUGGUGGACGUGGAGAAGAUGCUGGCAGAUGACAAUGCAGGCAGCAGGAGCAUGGAGGAACAACGAUGGAAGGCGCAAUCCAUCUACCUGGUUCCGGAGUGGCUCAAGGGCACCAACAGCAAGGCGUACCAGCCGCAGCUGGUGUCUCUGGGCCCCUUCCACCAUGGCGACCCCAUCCUGCUGCCCAUGGAGGAGCACAAGCGCCGCGCGUUGGUGCACCUCAUCAAGCGGAGCGAGAGUCCGCUCCAGGAUUUCAUCUCUGCCAUCGAUGACGUGGCCGAGGAGCUCCAGGCAGCAUACGGCAAGGACCUCCAUGUCAAAUGGCGGAACGACAGGCGGAGCUUUGUCGACAUGAUGCUCACGGACGGCUGCUUCCUGCUGGAGUUUAUUUGCCAUCCUUUCUCGGAUUACGAGUGGCAUGAUCCCGUCUUCAGCAGGAACGGCAGAUUUCAAAUAGGCAAUACUAUCUGGUCGGACAUGCUACUAAUUGAGAAUCAGUUGCCUCUGCUUGUUCUCAAGAAGAUCUUGGGACUUCUACAUCCUCUCUAUCUGCAGGUACUCCACUUCACUACAGUUGUUUCCAAUCCCAUUACAAUGCUACAUAAAUUUCUGAUUAUUUUUUUGCUACUCUAUCGUGCAAGCCUCACCUACAACGAAGAUACCAAAGAACCGAAGGACUACAAGUAUGAAGCAAUGCCCUCAGCGUUGGAAAUCCACCAGGCUGGAAUCAAAUUCAGGAAGAGUGAGAGGAACAACCUGCUGGACAUUAACUUCAAGGGCGGCGUGCUGACUUUGCCAGAGAUCGACAUGACCGACGAAACUGAGUGCGUGUGCCUCAACCUGAUGGCAUUCGAGCGGCUGCAUUUCGAUGUUACCGACCUCGUGACGGCCUAUGUGUUGUUCAUGGAUGACAUGAUCAUCUCGGCCAAGGACGUGGCGCUGCUGAGGUCCAGUGGGAUCCUCAAAAAUUUUCUAGGUUGCGACAAGAAGGUGGCGAAACUGUUUAACGGUACACUGAAUAGAGGCCAACUUCUUGGCGGAGGGCAUGCUCUCCAUACUGUGGUGUCAAAGGUGAAUGCCUACCGUAGCGAGCCAUGGCACGAGUGGCGGGCCACCCUAAUGAGUACCUACUUCAGAAACCCCUGGGCAUUCAUCUCCCUCGCAGCAGCCACCAUUCUACUCAUUGCUACCCUGUUGCAGACCGCAUACGCCGUCAUGCCCAACAAGUCGUGAGACCACAAGCUUCCUUAAAAUAUCACAUCUGCAAAACAGUUCAUAUCCAUGGUGAUCUCUAAUGUUUAUGUAUGUGUUAAAUAAUGUUCUUUUUUCAUUUUUAUUGGUUUUGUUCAGGCGGUAGAUAUGGCUCAUUUGUUAGAAACAAACAAUGGCUGUAUUC